AUGCACCGAACGCUGUUCCCUGGAACAGACCCAGAAGCACCCACUGGACCGUGUCCAGAUGAAGAGUGCGAAUUGGUCCUUUCCCGCUCCGACUGGAAAUGCUUCACCUGCCUCGUCACCGACGAGCUUGCCAAAAUGCAGGAAGCUCUUCUUCCGUUCCCGCCACUCCAACGCAGGAAAAGUCCGACGGCCGAACACAUGGAGACUCGUGGUGAGCUGCGGAUGCCGGACGUUCCUUUUGAGACCGUAGGGGACUAUGUGAGGUAUUGUAUAGGCGAGCGCCAGGAGGAGAGGUUUGCUCGAGAGUUGUAUAGCUUUGCGUGGCGGGAUUUGUGUCCUGAGCUUACGCAUCCGCCGAUGGAUGAGUGGGAUCUGCCCAGUAGGACGCAUCAGCCGCCUGUCUGGAAGCAAGAGUGA